AUGUCGGAUAGAAGAAGAAUCACAGGGCCAGAAAGCGCUCUUCCAUUAGUAUUUGCGCCAACUCCUAACAAUCAAUCAACAACCAAAUCACCACAGGAGAAGACUAAUAGCGGGAUAAGGAACUUCUUCAUAAAGACCGGGAUUGUUUCUAAUUGUAAUGGGUCAUGUUUUUUGGAGGUUGAUAAUACAACAAUUAUUGUAUCGGUGUAUGGCGCCAAACCAAUUAGAGGCUCAUCAGUUACAUCAGCUUCAUUCAGUGUAAUGACGAAAGUUAGCAAUAAUUUGGAAGAAUUAUCUAACUUCACUAGCUCAGAUUUGUCACAUAGUAAGGAGGAGAAGGAAGAACAGAAACUAGCGAAAGAAGAUGAAUAUGUUACCACCAACCAAAUUGGUAAAACCCAACUUUCUUUGGUCGAACAGAAACUCUCUACUUACAUUCAGACUGCAUUUUUGCCAUCAAUACUACUUGAAAAGUACCCUAAAUCAAGUAUUGAGGUGUUUAUAAAUAUCUUGACUAACGAUUCACACACCAACAGUAGCUUAUUGUCAUUAAUUACUUGGUGUGCCAAUUGUACAUCUCUCGCUCUCGUGGAUUCAGGAAUCGAACUAAAGGACAUGGUAUCUACUGGAAUAGCGAAAUUAACAGAUGACCAAACCGUGGUUAUCGACCCAUCGUAUUCAAAUGAAGGGAGAAAAACUGUUGGCGGUCAAGAAGUGAGGGCCGUGGCCUCUUAUAUGAGUGUAACAGACACUGUUGUUGGACUAAUGAUUGAGAGCGAGGAAGGUGUCAAUGGAGAAAUGAUUGAGAAAGUCAUUGAUGGAUGUAAUACCAUGGCGAGAGAAAUCAGAAGCAAUAUGAAUGGGUUCUUGGUUAGUACAAUGUGA